UCUUCCUGGCUUGGGGGGGAAAACUUUGCUUGGAAGCAGAAAAGUGCGGUCCAUCCGCCUCGCCCGAAUCGAAACCCUUGAUGCCUGUUGGAGAGUAGAGCGAGAGGAGGCAGAAGAAAGUCGGCUGAAGAAGUCUCAACUAUAUCUAUAGAUAUAUAUGAACAACAACCCGCACCUCUUGUGAAGGAAAGAGAGACGCGAUUGUCUUGUCCAAAGGUUGGCAUCUGGUGGAGGUUUUCUGCCGUUGGUUGAUUUUUGGGCAGCUUAGCAGAGGCAGAGUGUCGUGAUGAAGCGAAAAGUGGUGAUCAGCUUUUUCCUGGCUGUCGUCUUGCAAACGGGGACCUGCAAUGGGAUCAAGUGGCUGGCCCUCUUCAGAACCCCCUCAGCCCUGGCGCUGAACCAGACCCAGCACUGCAAGCAGCUGGAAGGGCUGGUGGUCUCCCAGGUCCAGCUGUGCCGCAGCAACCUGGAGCUGAUGCAGACCAUCAUCCAGGCGGCGCGGGAGGUGGUCAAGACCUGCCGCAAGGCCUUCUCCGACAUGCGCUGGAACUGCUCCUCCAUCGAGCUGGCCCCCAACUACCUGCUGGACCUGGAGAGAGGGACCAGAGAGUCCGCGUUUGUGUACGCGCUCUCUGCCGCCACCAUCAGCCACACCAUCGCCAGAGCCUGCACCACCGGGGACCUCCCCGGCUGCUCUUGCGGCCCCAUCCCAGGUGAGCGGCCUGGGCCGGGGUAUCGCUGGGGAGGAUGUGCUGACAACCUCAACUAUGGUCUUGUCAUGGGGUCCAAAUUUUCAGAUGCUCCCAUGAAGAUGAAAAAAUCAGGAUCACAAGCCAAUAAGCUGAUGCAUCUGCACAACAGUGAAGUAGGGAGACAGGCCCUGAAAGCGUCUUUGGAAAUGAAAUGCAAAUGCCACGGCGUCUCGGGCUCCUGUUCCAUCAAGACUUGCUGGAAGGGGCUUCAGGACUUGAGGGACGUUGCCUUGGACUUAAAAAACAAAUACCUUUCGGCCACCAAGGUGGUGCACCGGCCCAUGGGGACCCGGAAGCAUUUGGUUCCCAAGGAUCUUGACAUCCGUCCGGUCAAGGAGACGGAGCUGGUCUACCUGCAAAGCUCACCGGAUUUCUGCAUGAAGAACGAGAAAGUGGGCUCCCACGGGACUCAAGACAGGCAAUGCAACAAAACCUCCAACGGCAGUGACAGUUGUGACCUCAUGUGCUGCGGCCGCGGGUACAACCCGUACAUGGACCAGGUGGUGGAGCGGUGCCACUGCAAGUAUCACUGGUGUUGCUACGUCACCUGCAAGAAGUGCGAGCGGACGGUGGAGAGAUACGUGUGCAAGUGAAGGCCGUCCUGCGCAAACUCUCCUCGGGGGGGGCUCCCAGAGGGAGAUGUCCAGCCCCCCCUUCUUUCUUUCCUCAAGUCCUCUUCAGAUGAGGAGGAAAACUUUUCUAGCCAAGACGGUAUCCACCUCCUUUUUUUUUGCAAAAGAGAGAAAGAGAAAUGAACCUCGAAAAAAAGUUAUUUGACAAAAACCACAAUUUUUUGCUUUACAAAUGGACAAAUUCUCCCUCGAACCUUGGAGAGGAACAAGACUUAGCAAACAAGCAAGCAAAUGACAUGGACUGCUGGCUGUUAACUUGUUUUGGGGGAAAAAAAACAGAAAUGGAAGACCAAACAUUAUUCUCUGGGCUGCAGUCUGCUGACAUUUGCUCCUGGUGACGGCCAGCCUUCUGCAUCCUCGGUACUGGGGACUUUUUAUGCCUUGCUGAGGGGGGUGGGUGGAAGAGGAAAACAGGAAAAUGUUUAUUUCUUUGUGUUAUCCAUGUGCAUUUAGUUCAACACACACACACAUGCAGAGGACGUUUGGAGGGCGAGGGUUCCCUGUUUUGCCCCUUAUCAACAAAUACAAGGAAGAGGAGCUCAGAUUAGAGAAUUACGCUGAAUCGUGAUGGGGAAGGAUCGCUCGCUACACAUUGUCUCUUGACAUCGCCAAUCUUGGUAGACGUUGGGGCAGACGGAUCCUUCUUCAAAUCAUUGUACAGUUCUCCUUGAGAAGGCCCAUCCAGUGCUUCAGAGAACAACCGGGCAGAAAGUGGAGAAAUUCUUAGCUCGGGCUCAAGAACCCAGCGUCCCCUAGUCAGUGUGCCCAGCAACCACACUGCUUGUGGAUUCUGGAAGUCAUAAAGAUGUCACUUUUCCAAGCCAUCUGCUGAUUUAAACCUUUGAAUAAGCAGGGGCUGAGAUAUGUAGACGUGCUAGGCGAGAAGAAUGCACGGCAGGCUUCGGCUCAUGUGGCCUUCCAUGAGUUGUGGGACUGCAAAUCCCAUCAGGCUUAGCUAGCCCAUCAAAUGGCAAGAGAGGCUGAGAGCUGGGUCCCAACACCAUCUGGAGAGUCACAAAUUUGCUGUGGUAGAUCAGUGCCCUGAAAUGGUCCAGCAUGAAAUCAAAAGCCCAUGCAUGAACGGCUGCCAGCUUGUUCAUUUUGAUUGGCUGCUACUGGCAGUAAGGAUGGGAUUUUGAAUUUAUUGGACUACAUGCCCCAUGAUUCUCCAUCCGGGGAGUUCUGUCUGACAGACAAAAACCUAAACGUGGCUCACUUGAGAGAAAGGCUUUAACUCGGAAGGCUUUGAAGCUUAGCUAGGCCUAGUUCGGUCUAGCUUCCUGUUUGGAAGGAAAUCUCCCAGCUAGCACUGGGGCAGGAACAGGAAGCUUGGGUUGAGCUAGGCCUAGCUAAGCUUCAAAGCCUUCCAGAUAAGCAGGAUUUGAGCUGUCGUAGGUUUUUCGGGCUGUUCAGCCAGAACACGGCCAAACAGCCCCCCCCCCAAAAAAAACCCACCUACAACCACCAUCGGAUCCUGGCCGUGAAAGCCUUUGAGAAUAGCAUUUGAACGUCUGAAAGAUGUCCGUCCAUCACAAAGGGAAAUUAUGGGAUUUGUAGUCCAUGAAAUCCAAAACUCUCAUGCCUAAGAGGCAGCUUCAUUCUACCCAGCCAUGUGUGCGGUGCAACAAGCAAAAAAAACCCCACCAAAUUCCUGAAAGGUGCAUCUGAAUUCCACUCAACACAGAACAUCCUUGUCUGUUUGAAGCUGACCUCACCAGAAUAUUGGAAUAUAAAAUAUAGGAUACCUGCACAGAACCACUAUCCCUUAUGGAUGUACAUAUUUUGUGUUGUAUGCGGAACAUACAGAAAUAUUUAUAAAUAUAUAUAUAUAUAUCUGAUG